UUUCUCCCCCAGGAAAUGUCAUCUCUUGCCUCCGAGGACACACUUCGUAACAGCCGCAGCGUCGAUGAGAAGCAGUCGAGGAACUCCAUUCUAACUGAAUGGAUUGGUAUGGGGAGAAGCGGACCUCAAAUCACGGCUAAGCGGCAGCUCUGGGACUGUGUAACGUUGACGAUGGUUUUACUUUCGCUGCUGUUUCGACCAGCUCACUGCCAGCAGUGUCGAAUCCAGCGCUGUAAUGCGGAGUAUGUGGCUUCUACCUCACCCUCCAGCGGUCUGCAGGAGGACGUGGCUAUGGACGUGGACUACUGCAUCGCCCUGCGGGCCUAUGCCCUGUGCACCCGGCGGCAGGCGCGCAGCUGUAGGGGCGACCUGGUCUACCACUCGGCGGUGUUCCGCAUAAAGGAGUUAUUCUCGCAGCACAACUGCUCCAGCGACGGGCCCACCUCUUCCGCCAAGGUCCCGAGCACGUCUCGGCCGGCCGUGUCGGAGCUCUGCAACUACGAGAAUCGGGUCCUCGUGUCGGGCUCGUCCGGUCAGCAGAAGAAAUACGCCCACUGUGGAUUAUUCGGCGACCCGCACCUACGGACGUUCCGAGACGAGUUUCAGACCUGCAAAGUGGAGGGGGCGUGGCCUCUGAUUGACAACCGCUUCCUGUCGGUGCAGGUGACCAAUGUGCCCGUCGUCCUCGGGUCCAGCGCCACGGCAACCAGCAAGAUCACUGUGAUCUUCAAGUCCUACCACGGCUGUACAGACCAGAAGGUGUACCAGGCCACCACCGAAGAUCUGCCCCUAGCCUUUCAGGACGGGACUCGCAGCGGCGGUGAGAGCGGCAGCCUGAGCAUCGCAGAGCGAGGCGGCUCUGGGGUGGGUCGGCAGGUGAAGAUACAGGCCCGCUACAUCGGCACCUCCAUCAUCAUCCGGCGCGUGGGCAGCUACCUGACCUUCGCCAUCCGCAUGCCGGAAGACACCCUGGACUUUUCCGAGGACAAUGGCGGCCUGCAGCUGUGCCUGCACGGCUGCCCGCGCAACGAGCUCAUCAAAGAGCACACGCUGGGCCGCCAGAGUCAGCAGCCCCGCCUGCAGGGCACCAACACAGAGCUGGGUCCCCUGCGGCCCCCCCACCAGGUCUACACGGUGGAGCGGGCCACGGCCAAGUGCAGAGAGACUCUGCAAGUGGAGGACGUGUACUUUCAGUCCUGCGUGUUUGACUUGCUGACCACUGGAGACCCCGAGUUCUCCAUGGCAGCCUACGGCGCUCUGGAGGAUUUAAAGGCGCUGCCACCCAGUAAACUGAAGCAGAACUCCCCAAGGACUCCUCACAUUUACAACCGAGGAGCGUCACAGACGCUGGCAGCAACAGCAGCCAACAGCUCCCUGCUCUCACUCCUCCUCCUCCUCCUGCUGCUGCUUUUGUGAACAAAAUAAAUAAAUAUAAAUGAUUUUUAAACAGAGGAACAUGGACACAAACGGAACACGGAAGCAUCACCAGCUUGAGGAAAGAGUGACUAGAGUGCAGACUAUAUACUUUUUUUAAUUUUGUGAAUGUUGUGAGUUUUUUUUUUUUUUUUUGGUCCUUUGAAGGAUUUCACUCAUAAAAGAUGACAGUUUCCCAACUUUUCAUACACUGCAUAAUUUGAAGAAAACCAUAAAUACACAAAAGCUGCAGUACAUCAUGUUGUUUUGACGUGGUUACUAUGAAUUUGUUUGCAACAACCUUUAAACAGAGAUCGGAGCUGACCAACAGGCAGUUGAGCAGAAAGAGUUAUUGUAAAUAUUUAAUUUUAGUAAGAAUGUGCACAACCUCAAAACACUCCACCAAGUAUGAAGCUGAAUGUCACUCCAUGCUAUAUGUAAUGUGUAUUUUGUUAUUGUUUUUUUUCUUUUUUUUUUUUUUUAAUGCAGAGCAGUGCAGCUUCUAGAUCCUGUAUAAUCCAGUAAUAUCAAUAGCACUUAUGGUUUUAACAACAAAUUUUGUGUAUUUGAAAUGUUAUUUCGUUAUCUCUUUCACCGGUUAUUUCAGAAAUUGGCGUGCUAAAUACACAGGAUCCAACAACUGUAUGUAAAAACUACCUAUCCAUAACGUGUGAUAUUCAACAUUUCUCAUUCUCUGUGAAACACUCCCUCUUCAAGCUGUUCGGCUUCUCGUUUUUAAAGGUUAAAAAAAACACAAAUCUUUAUAUAAUAAUAUAUUAAAAGAGUGUAUAUAUGUGUUUUAUAUUGUGUACAUUUGUCUGUGUAUAGAUGUUUUAACUGUAAUAUGUUUUACAUUGGUUGUGUUUAGUAGGUUAUUUUAAGUCAUUUUAAGAAAAGUAAACUAAUAUGUUUUGUGCUGUAUCUGUAAUUUUCUGUAUUAAAGUGUUGGACACUCCA